GCCUCAACCCACCCUUCCAUCAACUCAACCGCCCACGCUUCUUGCCUGGCUCAAUUGCCAUUGUACGCAUUAAACACGCCCAUGCGGUAACAUACUCAUCAAUCUCCAAGAUGCCGCCCCGGUUACGUCCCCGUAUCUCUCUCCUCCCAUCCGGUCCUACCCCUACCUCCCGCCCGCAAUGCCUCCUCCGCCCGUCUCCAUCACAUCGCCAUUUCUCGCAAACAACGCCACAUUAUGAGAAGGCAACGCGCAUGCGGCGGAACAUGUACAAGUGGAUCAAUGGCCCGGGAAAGGUGUUUCUCGAGCCCCUUCCCGGCUCCACAAACUAUAUGAGCGCGUACGACAAGGAUGGGAACCUCCUCCGUGCUCGGAAAGGAGGCGACGAGGAAAGCACACCCGGCUCGGAAGAGGCGAAGGCGCUAGAGGAGGGCAAGCAGGCUGAAGACGGCUCGGAGAAACCCAAGUCGUCGGAAGAGGAGCUGGAGAACCUUGAUGAAGCGGCUGUCGCGAAGAAGGAGGAGGAUGCUAAGAAAGAGCAGAUCGCGAAGAGUAUUCCGCCUGAGGGCAAGCAGGAUUUGCAACCGUUCCCGCUGAACGCACAGUUUGUUAGCCAGCCGGUGCUGAGCGAGGAGCUGCGCGAGGCGAUCUGGAAGAGGGUCAUGAAGGAUGGUGUGAGCUUGCCGACUGUCAGUGUGGAGUUUGGGGUUAGUAAUGAGAGAGUUGGUGCGGUGGUGAGGCUGAUGCAGAUGGAGAAGGAGUGGGUUGCGAAGGGCAAAAAACUUGUCAGACCAUACGCCGAGGCCGUUAUGGCCAUGCUACCUAAGACUCCUUACGUGGCCAAAGGAGAGAAUAAACGCCCCGUCAAUCACGAAUCCAUCAACGACCUCAUCGUUCACCCGGCCACAAAACAACAGCUCUUCGUACCCGUCUCCGAGUCUCGGCACUUCACACGUGAAGACGCGGCAAAGGCGUUCCACCACACACUCCUGUCCGCCGACGACCGUAUUCCGCAUCCGGAACUUGUCGUUUCGGAGCGAGAAGCGCAGCUCGGGCUGUCAAACUCGGAGAGAGUUGCGGCAGCGAGUGCGCGUAUGCUGGUAGAGAGGCAGCGGAAGGCAGAGAAGGAAGCGAAGAGGAAGGAGUGGGAGGCGAAGACGAUUAUGAGGGUGCCGGGGAGGAGAUGGGAUUUCGUGUUCCAGGAUAUAAGUGUAGAGAGUGUGGGCAAAGAUGGGAGGAGCGAGAAGGGUGUUGGUUGGAGAUACGGAAUACCACAUGAAGACAGGAAGAGGGGACAAGUCAAGAUUCCUACGAAGGUCGAUGGAUAGGUGGUGUAUCAUAUUAGCAGUAACGGUCUGGGCCAGAACAUUUCUGGCGGGCAGGUAGCGAUUGUUGUAUAUCCUGUAGGAUUGUAUCAUAUCGGCAGAAACUGCCUUGUAUCCAUUUGGUUCUGCGGUUCUUGUAUUGUACGAUUGAUUCUCCUGCUGAACGCGAAGGCUAUUCGAGGAAGCCGCAUCUUGAUUAGCAAGCCCACAUCUUAUAUUCGUCGUACGGCCAAUCCCCCGUGGAGGCCGCGCAGGUUUCGUCCCCCAUGACCCAGCAACUAUUGUCCAGCUGGGCGCCUAUCCACUCGCUUUUGAUAUACACUUAGGUUGC